GCUUACGUUGGUAAAGUGAAGGGAAAUAUUUUAGGCCGCGUAUCCUUGAAAGGCUGAGGGGCUUGAGGGGCCCAUUUAUCAAAUUAAAAGGCUGGUGGUGGUCGAUGUCUUUUACUGAUGAAAUAUUGAAGGUAAAUUGAGGGGACAUUGGACAAGUAUUUUAAGAAUGUUUAUACAGAAGGCACUUUUGGUCAUAUGCUGCCAUAUGGCAGCAGUAAGUGCCAAUGAACCACCUAGCUUUGAGGCCAACAUGGAUUACCAUGUGAUUUCGGAAAACACUCCUAUCGGAAAGGAAGUCUACACCCUAAAAGGAGUGGACCCAGAGGGCUCACCCCUUCUGUACGGCCUGGAGGGCACCGACGUACUCCAGGUCAACCCGCGCUCCGGCGUGGUGUCGGUGCAGAAACGAAUCGACCACGAGACGACCACCCAGCUGAAGCUCCAGGUGACCCUGGAGGACCGUGUGGAGGGCGGUGACAACAACAAGGUCUCCGUGCCCAUCACCGUCAUCGUUGUCGACGAAAACGACAACGAGCCCGUGUUUAAAAAGGCACUGUACGAGGCCGAACUACGCGAGGAUGCUCCGGUCGGGAGCACGGUCAUCAAGAAGAUCGAGGUCACUGACCCUGACCUGGUCGGAGAGAACCUGAACGUCACCUGCGACCCGAAAAGCUCGUCGGAGGGCGCCUGUGAGCUGCUGACAGUGAUGGCCCUGGAGAGUACCUCUCAGCUGUACGUGGGCUCGCUGGUGCUACAACGGCCGCUGGUACUCUCACCGACCGGAGACCCCAGGAUCAGUGUGGCGCUGCUCGCGUCGGACGGCCGUUUCACCGCCGCCGGCCGUGCUCUGAUCGGCGUUCAGGACGUGCAGAACUCGCCACCGUCGUUCUCGGGUAGUCGUACGGCCGUUGUGGACGAGGGAGCCGCCAUCGGUACGGUCGUACUGACCGUGGCGGCGGCGGAUGGAGACAGCGGGGCGGCACGACCUGUCGUCUUCGAGAUGGUGGAAAACCCUGGCGAGUUUUUCUCGCUGGACGAGGAGACGGGCGUGCUGAGCACGGCCAAAAAACUGGACCGAGAGUCGGAUCUGGUGCGCGGCGGCGCCAUUCAUCUCACAGUCAAGGCUGUUGAGGUGGAGUCGGGUCGCCGACUGCGGGGACCCCUGACGGAGGCCACCGCUGACAUUACGGUCACCGUACGAGACGCCAAUGAUGAACCGCCUCGCUUCAGUCAACAGGAGUAUUCGACAACGAUCAGUGAGAACCUGCGGGACGGCACUCCGCUGCCGGGACUGAACAUCCUGGUCACUGACGCCGACGUGGGUGUGAGCAGCGCGUUCACAGUACGUCUUCUGGACGAGACGGGUCCGUUCAGUGUGGAGCCCUCCUCGGGCACUGGCAGCAGUGCCCUCAGCGUACGACUGGCGCGUGGACCGCUCGACUAUGAGAACCCCAACCAGAGGAAGUUCAUACUGCUGCUGGUUGCUGAGGAGAGUCGCACCCCGGACCGUCUGGCCACCACGGCCACAGUCACCGUGGCCGUCAGUGAUCUCAACGAUAACCCGCCCAGGUUCAGCCAGGACGCCUACGUCGCGCAGGUGUCUGAGAUGUCUCCCCCGGGCACUAUAAUCACCACCGUGUCGGCCGGUGACCGCGACUCGGGUCUGUUUGGACUGGAGGGGAUCGUCUAUCAGCUGAGCGGCGCCGGCUCAGAGAGGUUCACCAUCGACCCCCGCACGGGUACGGUGGUGGUGGCGCCCUGUGAUACGCCCGGAGCACCGCCCUGUAUCGACUACGAGACGCAGAGAGACUAUUUCCUCACAGUCGAGGCGACCGACGAGGCCGGCCAGGGUCUCAGCUCGUCCGUGCCGCUGAAGAUCGUCACUCUGGACACAAACGACAACACGCCGAGGUUCGGACGACAGAUGUACGGAGCCGUGAUCAGAGAGGGCGCCCGCCGGUUUGACCCCCCGCUGGUGGUCGAGGCGGAGGACCGUGACGUGACCUCCCAGUUGACCUACUCUCUGCUGGAGGGUGGUGUGUUCCGUAUUGACCCUAGUACGGGGGAGGUCACUGUUAACAAGACGGAGGGCAUUGACCUGGAUGACGUGCAGGGCAGGGAGAUGGUCGCCCUCGUGGCUGAGGUGACUGACGGAGUUCACUCAGUCUCUGUACCAGUCGAGGUGACAAUCAUUGACACCAACAACAACAAACCAGAAUUCUCCAAGACAGUGUACCAGGCCGUCCUGCCAGAGAGUGUACCCAUUGGCACGGUCGUUCAGCGCGUGGCCGCCCGCGACAGAGACACAGCCGCCAACGCCGCCAUACGCUACCGACUGCAGCGGGGCGCCUACGAGGACUUCUCUGUGGAACAGAGCACGGGCGUGGUGACACUGGCCAGGCGGCUGGAUCAUGAGAGGAGGGCACAGUACAGUAUUGAAGUGCUGGCCGUGGAUUCAGGCUCUCCGGCCCAGACGGGCACGGCUACCCUAUCUGUGAUGGUGAUCGACUCCAACGACAAGAGUCCCCACUUUACGCCGGGAACGCAGCGUGCCGAGGUGUCUGAGGACGCGGCCGUCGGUUCGCGAUUCUACCAGCUGUCGGCUGUCGAUCCCGACGUAGCCUCUCCGCAGGAUCUGGUCUUCAGUCUGGAGAAGGUCGAAUCGGCAGUCAGUGAGAGCGGCAAACAAGUGGACCGGCCCAACGGAGCCUACAAGAGUUUCUUCAACGUGUCUUCGGACGGCUGGGUGUCUGUGGCGGAGCCUCUGAUGCGCGAUCAGGCAGCGGUGGUCACACUGGCCGUGGCUGUAACGGAUACGAGCGCCUUCCCGCCCCAGCAGAGCUCAGGUCGUCUUCUGGUGACUAUUGUCGACGUCAACGAAUUCGCCCCCGAAUUCUCCCCGCCAUGGACCCCUGAGCGGCCCGUGCUCAGUUUCGAGCUGCGAGAAGAGCUAGCGCCCGGCACAGUAUUCGGACGGGUUCGAGCGACAGAUAGGGAUACUCUCGUACGGAGAUAUCACGCAGAGGAGGGAGGACUGGUGCGCCUAGAUCCGGCCACAGGCGAGCUAUCCGUCCGCUCCCGGGUCGACUACGAGAACAUCACGCAGUUCGAGCUGGACGUCAUGGCCUUCGACACGGGCGUGCCGCAGCGGAACAGCACUGCACACCUGGUCAUCAACGUGGUCAACGUCAACGAUCUGAGCCCGGAGUUUGAGCAGGACGUGUACUUUGCCUCAGUGGAGGAACACAGUGACCCGGGCGUGGAGCUGGUUCAGGUCAGAGCCACAGACGCUGAUUCCGGAAUGUACGGCGAAGUCAGCUACACGAUACCUGGUGAUCUCGCGGACGACUUUUCCGUCGACGAUCUGGGUGUGGUCCGUCUGCUAACUGCAGACCUGGAUCGCGAGAAGCGGCCUCAGGUGUUACUAACUGUGACGGCGUUCGACAUGGGGCCCGACCAGGGUCGACGGAGCGCCUCUGCCUUGGUGAACAUCACAGUGCUGGAUAUUAACGACCAGAAGCCGCAGUUUAACCGUCCAGUGUACUCUGCCAGUAUUGUGGAGGACAUACCGCUGUCGCCGCCCAGUCCCAUACUGCAGGUGGUGGCAACUGAUACCGACUCUGGGGAUAACUCGGCGAUUCGUUACUCGCUUCUGCCGGGUCCUCACUCGGCCAGUUUUAGGCUACACCCCGAGACGGGGUUCCUGUACCCCGCCAAACGGGUAGAGGCCGGACUGGGCGAGAUGUCUCUGACGGCGCUGGCCACGGACGGCACGUUUAACGACACGGCCAUGGUGAGGGUGACGGUACUGGCCGCCAACCAGGACAAACCGAGCUUCGUGAGACCGUCGGCCGACAACGCCGUCUUCGAGGUCACUGAGAACUCUCAGCCGGCCGGCAGUCUGGUGCUGACGGCUAAAGCGGAGGAUUCCGAUCAGGGCGACAACGGCAAGGUCUCCUACUACUUCAGAGUGAAUGAGACAGACGGCAGUGAGACGGGAGAGUUUACCAUCGACUCUGAAACCGGAGAAGUGCGCAGCAAGGUCCGCUUCGACCGAGAGGGUCGCGACAGCUACACGCUGGUGCUGGUGGCGCGCGACCACGGCUCACCAAUACCGCACGAGACGGUGCGCUACGUGCAGGUGCACGUGCGAGACGAGGACGACCACGCGCCGCAGUUCCGAGAGCACGUGCAUCGGUUCAGUGUUAUGGAGAACCUGCCAGGCGGCACAGUAGUCG